CAUCGAUGAUUGAUGGAUGUUCAAAUAAUUUUUGUUUUCGAUUGUUCUCCUUGUUGUUGUUUGAGCUGAGGUCGUUUUUACUUUUGAAGUGCGUUCUCAGCUGAAUGUCCCAUGCUUUUUGCUGACUGUAAUAUUGCAUAGAUAUAGGGGCUUGUUGUGUGUGUUGUGUACAUGUAUUUUGACCAUGGGAUCUAUCGUAGCCCGUAUCUGGCGACGGUUGUGGGGACCUCAGGACUCGCCGAGCCCGUGGAGUCCGUAUGGACUCAGAGGCCCAGCUGUUCCACAUUUGUCCCUGAAUGAGAAGGAGUUCAGGAACAGGCGGCUGUUCAUUGUGGGCGAUGUACAUGGAUGUUAUGAUGAGCUGACAAAAUUGCUAAACAUCGCAGAUGCAACUCAACCAAACGUACAAGUCAUAUUUGUUGGGGACCUGAUCAACAAAGGGCCCAAGAAUGUGGAAUGUGUUGAGCUAGCACGGCGCAUCGGGGCUUUAGCCGUGCGGGGCAAUCACGACGAGGUGGCCCUAUCGGUGCUGCAGAAAACCCGUGCGAUGGGCGGUUCACUGCCCACCCAGAUGCAGUGGCUGGGCGACCUGAGCGAGGAGAGUGAGCGGUGGCUGCUGGAGCUGCCCUACACUAUCCACAUCCCUUGGCUGAACUCUCUGGUGGUGCACGCGGGCCUGGUGCCGGGAACCCCACUCUGCCAGCAGAGCACGGACCACAUGAUCCACGUACGCAAUCUGAUCUGGGACGAGGCGCGCGGCACGUACGACGCCAUCUCGCGCACGGACGAGGGCCGCGCGUGGGCGGGCGCGUGGCCCGGUCCCAUGCACGUGUUCUUCGGACACGACGCGCGGCGCCGGCUGCAGCGCGAGGCGUACGCCACCGGUCUGGACACGGGAUGCGUGUACGGGGGCGAGCUGAGUGGCAUGUUCAUCGAUGGUGACGACGUCCGCACUGCCGAGGUGCUCAGCGUCCCCGCCAUAAGUACCCACCGCAAACCGUAACAACUCAUCCGCACUGCCGAAGUGCUUACCGUCGCCGCUAUGAGUACGUACCGCAAACCUUAACACCCGUUGCUGUACAAGCAGCAAACACCCGUGUUCUCCCGUGUUUGUCUCCUGCUGGGAAGAAACUAUUCGUUUCGUGACUGAAUUUCUAUGCGUUUUGGCAUUCCCUCAAGUAGUAAAUAUAAGCACCACGGAUGUGGCAUGGCACAGUUCGUCACGGAAUUCACCCACGGCGAUGGGUUUGCAUCGUGCUGCAUUGGCGAGCGCGCGUUUUCGGAAAGCACCGCCGUUGUAACGGGCCUGCUGAGCCAACUUGAUUCAGCCCUUGGCUGUGAAUUGCCACGGAGCUGUUGCGGCGACAAUCCGUAUGUUUCGGAUGACCGAUUGCGGCUGACCCGUUGGUGGUGAGUGGUAUUGCUCUACUGCGCCAUGCCACUCGUGUGGCGUCACGCAUGGCCUUGCUGCGCCGGUGAUGAGAAUGGUGGUGGUGACGCAGGACCGGCGAAUGAUGAUACGGUCCGCAGAGACGUUGUCGUCUGGACAGUUAAGGAGCUUGUGGAGACAGCAGAGGGAGGUUUAAUCCACGUCCGCAAAACUGUCCGUUCUAUGUCCACGUGGACGCAGAGUGAUGGGACAACCGUUAGCGACACAGAAUUCGGUGCGGUUCGAUUUCUGCCACCUUUUGACCUGUCUGUAAGAAGAGUAAGAAGUACUAUUGUAGUUUGAUCAAUUCCAGCUGCUACUAGCUUUCAUGUGUGUGUGUGUGUGUGUGUGUGUGUGUGUGUGUGUGUGUGUGUGUGUGUGUGAGAGAGAGUGUGCGUGCGUGUGUGUGUGUGUGUGUGUGUGCGCGUGCGUGUGUGUGUAACCCUCUGUGGGCUGGAAGUGUAGGAGUAGAGCUGAUCUGGAACAAUCCUGGUGAGGACCAUACCUGACUGUUUAAGCUAUAGUAGUGUUUAUUUUAGUACGCAUAAAUUGCGGACUGCGUUUUCCCUGGCCUAGCAUUCUUUGACAUGCAGGGUGUUUUUUCCCCCGUAUUUAUAGACUUGUUUUCAAUGUUUCAUUGCACUCUCCGCUUUGAAUGGAAUCAUUGUUGAAUCAGUGGGUUAUUUAUAACAGCAAUAUUUGAAGUAUACAGUGCAUGCGUGGCGUGCAUGCUUUGUCCAUGCCCCAUGUCCUCAAUCAUAAAGCAUAAUAUUAUUUAUUUUCUAUUUGCUGGAUGCAAGUACUUCGAAGUACUCCAUCUAGAAUCGCCUCUUUUAACAUCUGGGUUUGAAUCCUUGACAUUGAAGUUUCAGAUAGUUUUUUUUUUACAUUGUUUGCUCACUCCAUUCAAAGUUCUUUUUUGUUUUUCAGAUGACUUGUUAUUCUGUGUACAUGUAUGUGUAAUGUUCCAAAUGCAGGCGUUUGGCAAAAUGUUAAAACGAGUUUCUUUUCCGUGAUUUCUACAGUACUAAUUUUUUCCAGCUUCUGGUAGCGGCUGCUGCAGGAAAAUAA